AUGAUUUUGAUGGUAUCCCUUCAACAUACUUUUGAGAUGAAAGAUCUUGGUUCUCUCAGCUACUUUCUUGGUUUAGAAGUCAUCUCUACCGUUGAUGGCAUCUAUCUCUCUCAGGCUAAAUAUGCUUUAGAUCUCCUUGCUCAAGCUAGAAUUACAGAUAGUCACACUGAAUCUACUUCUCUUGAGCCUAAUGUUCGAUUUACUCCUAUGGAUGGCAUUGUUCUGGAUAAUCAUACUCUUUAUCGACAGCUAGUUGGCGGACUCGUCUACUUAACUGUCACCCGACCAGACAUCGGCUAUCCGGUUCAUGUUCUUAGCCAGUUCUUGUUAACUCCUCGUACUACUCACUAUGCGGCAGUUCUUCACGUUCUUUGUUACAUCAAAGGCACCCUAUUCCAUGGCCUUUAUUUUUCUGCCUGUUCCUCUUUAUCCCUUCAAGCGUACUCAGAUGCUGAUUGGGCUGGUGAUCCUACUGAUCGUCGUUCCACUACUGGUUAUUGUUUGUUUCUUGGCGACUCUCUCAUUUUCUGGCGAGCUAAGAAGCAAACAUUCACUGCUCGGUCAAGCACCGAUGUUGAAUACCGUGCCCUUGCUGACACCACUGCUGAAGUUGUCUCGAUUUGUUGGUUUCUCGCAGACUUGGGUGCUUCUCAGUCAUCCCCAAUUGAUUUUUUGUGA